AUGCACACGAGACACAAGAGGACUCACACUGGGGAAAAACUCUUUGAAUGUCCUGUUUGUGGGAAAAGUUUCAGUCAGAAUUCCAACCUGGUAAAGCACCAGAGGACUCACACGGAGGAGAAACCAUAUGAAUGUCUGGAUUGUGGGAAAAGUUUCAGUCAUACUUCCAGCCUGGUGAGACACAAGAGGACUCACACUAGGGAGAAACUCUUUGAAUGUCCUUUUUGUGGGAAAAGUUUCAGUCUGAAUUCCAGCCUGAUAAAGCACCAGAGGACUCACACAGGAGAGAAACCAUAUGAAUGUCUGGAUUGUGGGGAAAGUUUCAGGCUUAAUUCCAAGCUGGUGAUACACCAGAGAACUCACACGGGAGAGUGCCCAGAGUGUGGGAAAAGUUUCAAACAGAAUUAUGACCUGGUGAUACACCAGAGGACUCACACAGGAGAGAAACCAUAUGAGUGUCGAAAUUGUGGGAAAAGUUUCAGAUGGAAUUCUCAGCUGGUGAUACACCAGAGAACUCACACAGGAGAGAAACCGUAUGAGUGUCUGCAUUGUGGAAAAAGAUUCAGUAAGAAUGCCAACCUGGUGACACACAAGAGAACUCACACAGGAGAAAAACCAUUCAAGUGUUUGGAUUGUGGGAAAAGUUUCAGUCAGAAUUCCUACCUGGUGGCACACCAAAGGACACACACGGGAGAGAAACCAUAUGAAUGUCUGGAUUGUGGGAAAAGUUUCAGGCUUAAUUCCAAGCUGGUGAUACACCAGAGAACUCACACAGGAGAGAAACCGUAUGAGUGUCUGCAUUGUGGAAAAAGAUUCAGUCAGAAUUUCAGUCUGGUGAUACACAACAGAAUUCACACAGGAGAAAAACCAUUCAAGUGUCUGGAUUGUGGGAAAAGUUUCAGUCAGAAUUCCUACCUGGUGGGACACCAGAGGAUUCACACGGGAGAGAAACCGUAUGAAUGCCCAGAGUGUGGAAAAGGUUUCACUUGUUAUUCCUACCUGUUUAAACAUCAGAGGACUCAUACAGGAGACAAACCAUAUGAGUGCCCAGAUUGUGGAAAGGAUUUCUCUCGGAAAGGUGACAUGAUGAAACAUCAGUCUACUCACAUAGAAGAGAAAUCAUAUAAAUGUCAUGAUUGUGGGAAAUGUUUCGGUCAGAAUUCCUACCUGGUGAAACACCAGAGGAUUCACACGGAAGAGAAAACAUAUAAGUGUGUAGAUUGUGGGAAAAAUUUCAGAAGGAAGUCACAGCUGGUGAUACACCAGAGGACUCACACAGGAGAGAAGCCGUAUGAGUGUCCAGAUUGUGGGAAAGAUCUCAGUAGUAGAUCUAGCCUUAUAAAUCAUGUAAGGUUACACACAGGAGAGAAACCAUUCAAAUGCCCAGAUUGUGGGAAAUGUUUCGCAUAUUAUUCUACCCUUUUCACACACAAGAAAUUACACAGGCAAAAUUUGAUGUGUGUAGAGGAAUGUUGAAUUUCAUUUCUCUUCUCUAAUUGGAAGCCCAGCUGAGAAACUAAACUUUUAAUUUUUCUUGCCAUAUUCUUUUUAGUCAGAUGUGUUUUAGUAUCAAACAUGAGGGAGAAGAUCUGAGCUUCCUUUCUCUGGCCCAGUGUGGUCGCUCCCUUCCACAGAGUCAAGGGGAACUGCUGUGCUGGGACAGUGAAAGCAAACCUGCAUCUGUAUUGUGUUUGCCGCCUUGAGCUAUUUCUUCACAUAAAUAUAUUAUUGGUUCAGAAAAUGUAUAUGCCAACCCAACUCAUGGUGAGUGGGCGGCUUGCAGUAGUAAAACCUUAAUACAGAAACUGAUAAAUUGCAUAUGUUGCAAAAUGGCAACGUUCAAAGCCUCCACCUUUGCCCUCAAAUACAGCGCACCUCUAGCAGGGUUGAUGGCGUUUGGAUGGUCAUGGAAUCCUAAAACCAUGAUUCUUGCUUUCGUUCAAAUUAGAAAUUAACCAGGCCGCCUGGCCCUAUUAUGGCCCUCCUUGUGCCAUUCUUGUUCAAAGGUUGUCAUCUUUCUUCUUGCAAAGAGCUAAAUUGGAGACAUUAACCACAGGAUUAGAUCUUCCUUGCUUUACCGAAGACUAGGGGGCUAAUGGCCUGCCAUACUUCAGGGGGAAGAGUGUCUCUUAGGGCAGGGUCUGCCGCGGAAAAGGCUCACUUCCUAGCUCCUAUCAGAUGGCAAUAGUUAAGGGAAGGGGCUAGGUGCAUGCCCACCCUAUCUGACCUGGUAGAACAGAUAGAUGCAAAAAUAAUAAAGUGGAACAUUAAUGACAGAUGCUCUGUUGGCUCAGUGGUCAGAAUGCAAUAUUGCUGGCUGACUCUGCCCACAGCCUGGAAUUUGAUCCUGAGGGAGCUCGAAGUUAACUCAGCCCUUCAUCUUUCUCAGAUUGGUAAAAUGAGAACCCAGAUUGCUGGGGAGAAUAUGCUGACACUGUAAGCCAAGAGUGCUAUAAAGCACAGUGGGGUGGUGUAUUCAUUCCAAGUGCAAUUGCUACAAUAAAGAAAUACCUUUAAAUGUGAUGAGCAGCAUCUUCAAUUGCACCUGUAAGGAAACAAAGCCUGCGGCAGCUCGCACCACAAAAAUAUGAUAUGGGCAACCUAGAGGCCCUCAUUACUUUGUGCUUUGGUUCUUUCUGGACCAGUUAUAAUUUCUGGGUGGUCCAGGGCAGUGAUCCAACUGGAGAUGACUAAGGCAUGAUUGAGGCCUGUGCAAGGCCUCCCUGGUCUAGGAAAGGACACGGUGCACCAGAUAAAUCUCUGCAAAGCCCCUCCCCCAAUUAUGAUCUUCUCAAGCAGGAGUCAUGAGUCCAGGAGGAUCCCCAAGAAGAUCACAUGACCCCAGGACACUGAAACUCACAAAUCUGAGUCAAUUGCCAAGCGCCAUAAUUUUGAUCACAUGACAAGGGGGAUGCUGCAGUGGUUGUAAGUAUGAAAAAUGGUCAUGUCACUUUUUUUAGCACUGUUGUAACUUCAAAUGAUCGCUAAAUAAAAUGUUAUAAGUCCAGGA